CAGACAGCGAGGAAACAGAAACCGACGUAAGCGCCAACGGAAAGAAAAGAAACCCAAAAGGUAAACAAACGUCACCACCAAAAAUAAAUAUGGAACAAACAGCGCCAAAACCAUCAUCCAAGAUCCGAGCACCUCCAAUAUUCAUACAAAUGGUUGGAAUUAAACCAACGAUAGAAUACCUCAAGUCCAUGAACAUAUCGCCUGCGGACUUCAUAGUAAGAGAAUUUGAUGACAAAUUCACUAGAAUCUACCCAGGGAGUAUUGAGAUCUAUAACAGUAUUAUAGCAGCAAUGAAAACCAGUAACAGGAAAUUCUUUACAUAUACACCUAGGCAGCUAAAAAUCAAAACAAUAGUCUUAAAAGGUAUCAGGGGUGGAUACGACGAAAAUGACGUUAAGGAGGCUCUUGAAGACCUAAAACUAAAUGAGGUCAGAAUCACCAAAGUAAGUAAAAUGAUUUUCGACAAGAACAAGCCUAACUUAUACCACUUUAUAGUGUCGGUUACUCAUGAUAGUCAAACUGCUCCAAUGACUAGAACUAAAAGACUACUCUCCCAGCCAAUUAGGUGGGAGAGGCUAAGAAAACCAAUAAUUUUUAUGUGCAAAAGGUGCCAACAAACAGGACAUUCCAGCUCAAACUGCCACUUAGCGCCAGUCUGCGUGAAAUGUGCAGGUGAUCAUGAAUCGAAAGAUUGCCAUUUCCAAACUACACAAGACAGAAGCACACUCAAAUGCAUCAACUGCAAUGAAACAGGACACCCAGCAAGCUACAGAGGAUGCCCAGCGCUUAAAUUAAUUGCAGAUGCAAGAAAAGCAGAUAAACAACAAAAUAUUAUGAAGAAAAGGAAAAUCACUCAGGCAAUUAAUAACUACGUAAAGCCUGGACUGACAUACGCGAACAAAGUAGAAACAAUGCAUAAUAAUAACUACUAUCCACCACUACCCAGGAACAAAACAUCAGCACCUAGCUAUAACUGGCCAUUUGAAGAACCAUCAACGAUACAACCACCACCUCAAGUAAAUACUCUGGAUCAUAGCAUGGAUAACAACUCAAACAGAAUCGACCGGCUAAUGGCUGAUAUCUACACGACGGUAUAAUGGCUCCAGAAAAACUCAAAAUUGCGGCAAUAAACGCUAACUCAAUAAGCACCCUAAAAAAACGGUAUGACU